GGCGGCUGGCGGCCUGGUGGGGAAGGGGCGCGACAUCAGCCUGGCGGCCCUGCAGCGCCACGACCCCUACAUCAACCGCAUCGUGGACGUGGCCAGCCAGGUGGCUCUGUACACCUUCGGCCAUCGGGCCAACGAGUGGGGAGACCAGGUCUGGUAUUGGGCUGUGGAAGUCGCCUCUAGUCAGUGAGGGGGAAUUUCAAACUUUUUCAGGACGCGUUGCAAUUGAAGAGGGCCACAAAUUCUUUAACAGUCUUUCAAUCAAGAGGUGGGGUCCAUUACCUUGAGGCACCGCGCUAAAUGAAGAAAAGACUGAUGUAGAAGGAACCUUAUUUGUUUACACAAGGUCUGCUUCUCCAAAGCAUGGAUUCACCAUUAUGAAUAGGUUGAGCAUGGAAAACAGGACAGAACCCAUUACUAAAGACCUGGAUUUCCAGCUCCAAGACCCUUUCCUUCUCUACAGAAAUGCCAGAUUGUCCAUUUAUGGGAUUUGGUUUUAUGAUAAGGAAGAAUGCCAAAGAAUUGCAGAGCUUAUGAAAAACCUAACUCAAUAUGAACAGUUGAAAGCCCAUCAGGGAACUGGAGCAGGAAACUCCCCAAUGAUCCUCAAUUCAGGAGAGGGCAAGGAAGUAGAUAUCUUACGAAUGCUCACCAAGGCCAAAGAUGAAUACACCAAGUGCAAAACCUGUUCUGAGCCAAAACAGAUAACCAGUUCAUCUGCCAUCUAUGACAACCCCAAUCUCAUCAAACCAAUUCCAGUGAAGCCCAGCGAAAACCAGCAACAGCGGGUACCUCGGCCCAACCAGACUUUAGACUCCGAAUGCCAACACUUGUCCUUGACGGCUCUCUUUGGAAAACAGGACAAAUCUCCAUGUCAGGAAGCUGUGGGCUCCCCACAGACAAUCCACCAGCAGCAGCAGCAGCCACUUCCGAUGAGGCAGGGGGUUGUACGCUCCCUCUCCUAUGAGGAACCCAGAAGACACUCACCCCCCAGUGAGAAGCAGCUCUGUCCAGCCAUUCAGAAACUCAUGGUCAGGAGUGCAGACCUCCACCCACUGUCAGAGCUGCCUGAAAACCGGCCCUGCAGAAAUGGCAGUACCCAUUCUGCUGGGGAGGUUUUCCUGGGACCUGUCCAGCCAGGGUCUCCCCAUAGCGUUGGGACUUCUCAACAUGUCCAAAGUACUUCCAGAACUCAGAGCCUGUUGGAGAAGCUUCAGAGUGCCCCCAGGCCAGCGAAUAAGUAUGACCCUAGCACACCAGCACCUGCCAGCUCAGCUGCCCCAAGCCUCAGCACCACUGUCCCCACUGCUGCACCUGGCGCUCCAGUAAAGGGGCUGGCGGCUCAGGCACAAGUGGGGUAUUUCAAUGGCUCCCUUACACCUCAGACACUCGGACAUCAGACUUAUGGAAAAGAGCAGCCCACACAUCCAAGACCAACGCUCCCCCUGUCCGGUAAUCAGACUAGCAGUUCUGGAGUGAUCUCCCCUCAAGAGUUACUGAAAAAGCUUCAGAUUGUACAGCAGGAGCAGCAGCUGCACGCGUCUAACCGACCAGCCUUGGCCGCAAAGUUUCCUGUGGUAACUCAGAGCUCUAGAACAGGGAAAGCCCUGGAGUCCUGGAUGGACAAGACACCCAGCACAGAGAAGCAGACUCCUCUUUUUCAGGCCACUUCGCCCCCGCAUGUUCCUGCUACACUGGCUCCUUCUCUGCUUAUGUCCCCCAUGGUGUUCACACAACCCACCUGUGCCCCGCUGAAAGAGAGGGAUGCUGGCCUCUUGCCCCUGGGAAGCCAAGAACCAGCUGCCACUUCCAGCAGCCUCCUCCUGCCUCUGCCAACCCAGGAGCCCCCCGUGAUCACCAGCAGCCCACUUACCAGGCUACAACUUCAGGAAGCACUGCUAUACCUCAUCCAGAACGAUGACAACUUCUUAAACAUCAUCUAUGAAGCUUAUCUCUUCAGCAUGACACAAGCAGCCAUGAAAAAGACCAUGUGAAAGCCAAACAUUUUAAGACUGAUUUUCAAAGUCCUGUGGCUCAAGGUUCUUUCGUGUCCAUGGUGUUACCCUAAAUGUUUCUGCCCUUUAAAAAAAAAAAAAAAGUAUAUAUAACAUGAAGUAAAAUGUUUCAGAA